AUGUUUAAUGCAAAGAUAUCGAAUGUAUCGAGAUAUGCUAGUAUAAUACCAAGAAUAAAACUAUGCUCGAAUAAUUUAAUAAGAAAAGAAGUAUCUUUAAAUUUAUUAUAUAAUAAUCAUAACAAUUCAAAAUUUAAUCCCAUUAUAAGAAAAAAUAACAUUAGAUUUAUUCAUACAACAAUAUCUCCUUCAUUUAGAUACAGUAUUCAAAGAAAUCAAAAUAAUAAAGGAUCAGAAAAUCAAGAUCAAAAGAAUAAAAAUAAAAAUGAAAAUAAUGAAAAUGAGGAAGAAUUUAAAUCUUUAACAGAAUAUUUAAAAUCAAAAGAAUUUGCUAAGACUAUAUAUUUAACAGUUGGUUUUACUGUUUUAUUUUCUCUUUUAAGUGGACCUGAUAAUAAUAAUGAUAAUGAUAACAAUGAUAAUAAUAUUCUUACUUUCCAAGAUUUUAAAACUAAAUAUCUUGAAAAAGGUUUAGUUAAACAUAUUUAUGUGGUAAAUAAAUAUUUGGUUCAAGCUGAAUUAUUACCACAAGCAUCAUCAUUAUCUAAUGAUAGAAGUGCGGAUUCUCGAGGAUUAUUUGGUACUCCAUUUGGUGGUGGUCCACCAGUUGUAUCAUUCACUAUUGGAUCUGUUGAUAUAUUUGAAGAUCAAAUGGAUCAAGCACAAGAUCAAUUGAAAAUUGCACCAAAUGAUAGAAUUCCAAUUUCUUACGUAACACGUACUUCAAUGUUACAAUAUUUAUUCCCAUUUGUACCAACUUUGUUAUUACUUGGUGGUUUAUAUUUUAUUACAAAAAGGAUGACAGGUGGUGCUAAUACAGGUGGUUCAAGUGGUGGGAAUGGUAUUGGUAAUAUGUUUGGUGUUGGUAAAUCAAAGGCCAAAUUAUUUAAUAAAGAAACAGAUAUUAAGAUAUCAUUUAAAGAUGUAGCUGGUUGUGAUGAAGCUAAACAAGAAAUUAUGGAAUUUGUUCAUUUUUUGAAAAAACCACAAAAAUAUACUGCUUUAGGAGCAAAAAUCCCAAGGGGUGCUAUUUUAUCUGGUCCACCGGGUACUGGUAAAACUUUAUUAGCUAAAGCUACCGCCGGUGAAGCUGGUGUUCCUUUCCUUUCUGUCUCUGGUUCUGAAUUUGUUGAAAUGUUUGUUGGUGUUGGUGCAUCUCGUGUUCGUGAUCUUUUCGAACAAGCUCGUAAGAUGGCACCAUCUAUUAUCUUUGUAGAUGAAAUUGAUGCUAUUGGUAAAGAGAGAGGUAAAGGUGGUGCUCUUGGUGGUGCUAAUGAUGAAAGAGAAGCCACUUUAAAUCAAUUAUUAGUUGAAAUGGAUGGUUUUACUACUUCUGAUCAAGUUGUUGUCCUGGCUGGUACUAAUAGACCAGAUGUUUUGGAUUCAGCUUUAAUGAGACCAGGUAGAUUUGAUAGACAUAUUCAAAUUGAUGCACCUGAUAUUAAUGGUAGAUUGGCUAUCUAUUUAGUUCAUUUGAAAAGAUUAAAUUUAUCUCCAGAUUUGGUUCCAGUAGAAUCGGCACGUCAUGAACUUGCAGGUAAAUUGGCUACUUUAACACCGGGUUUUACAGGUGCAGAUAUUGCUAAUGCUUGUAAUGAAGCAGCAUUAAUUGCUGCCAGACAUAGAGAUCCACAUAUUAAAUUAUAUCAUUUUGAACAAGCUAUUGAAAGAGUCAUUGCAGGUUUAGAAAAGAAAUCGAAAGUUUUAUCAAAGGAAGAAAAGACUACAGUAGCAUAUCAUGAAGCAGGUCAUGCAAUUUGUGGUUGGUAUUUAAAAUAUGCAGACCCAUUAUUGAAAGUUAGUAUUAUUCCAAGAGGUCAAGGUGCUUUGGGUUAUGCCCAAUAUUUACCACCAGAUCAGUAUUUGAUUAGCGAGGAACAAUUUCAACAUAGAAUGAUCAUGGCUUUAGGUGGUCGUGUUUCUGAAGAAUUGCAUUUUCCAUCUGUGACCAGUGGUGCUCAUGAUGAUUUUAAGAAAGUAACUCAAAUGGCACAUGCAAUGGUCACUUCACUUGGUAUGUCUAAAAAAAUAGGUUAUUUGGCUUAUGAUCAAGAUAGUGGUGGGUUACAAAUUAAUAAACCAUUCAGUCAAAAGACUGCAAGAAACAUUGAUUUAGAGAUUAAACGUAUAAUUGAUGACGCACACAAAGAAUGUGUUAAGCUAUUAAAGGAAAAAAUCAAUGAAGUUGAUAAAGUAGCAAAAGAACUACUUAAAAAAGAAGCUAUUACAAGGGAAGAUAUGAUUAGACUCUUGGGACCAAGACCAUUCCCUGAAAGAAAUGAAGCGUUUGAGAAAUAUUUAGAUCCAAAGAAUACUAAAGAACCAACACCACCUUCAUCUCCAGCUACAAACUAA